AAAGUCAAUGAAACAAAGAAGCAAGAAAGCUGAGCCUGGGAAGGAGGAAAUGCACCAAUGGGAGGCUCCUCCCGGUCACACAACUGUCUGAGCCGCCGGCAAAGCGAGCCCUUUCCCUGGGAGCGGGACUGGGGGAACAUCUGCACGCACAGCCCUCGGGGCUGAGCCGCUCCGGGAGCCCCGUCGCAGGUCGCUGCGCUGAGCUGGCUGCUCCAUGCCCACGAGGAGUUAACGUAUGGACGGGAGGAUGAAAGGGUACUUGGACCAGCAAGUGCCUUACACUUUCACACACAAACCGCCCGGAAAUGGGACCCUCAGCAGCCGAGCUCUGAUGGGCACCAGGAGACCCAUGGACCCAGGCUUAGCACCCCCUCAGGAUUCGGAAGACCUCUUCCAGGAUUUGAGCCAGUUUCAGGAGACUUGGCUGACAGAAGCUCAGGUUCCAGACAGCGAUGAGCAAUUUGUGCCUGACUUUCAUUCAGAAAACUUAGCUUUUCACAGCCCUCCUGCUAAAGUUAAGAAGGAGCCACAGAGUCCCUGUUCUGACCCAGCACUGUCCUGCAGCCAUAAGCAGCCAUUUCGGUACCGCAAUGGCGAGCAAUGCCUUUACGCCAGUGCCUAUGACCAAACCAGACAAGUUGGACUCAAGUCCCCAAACCCAGGAACCCCGAUACAGUCACCGCUUCAACAUUUCCCUAGGCAGGACAGGAGCUUCCUGAGCCCUCGGGGGCCGUCCCAACCCACAUCCAGCCGUGGAUACCUCAUGGAACACAGCUCCAUCUACCAGCCACCUACGGAGAUGUGCCGUUCCUUCCCCUCCUCUCAGGGCAUGGGCCGAGACGCUCCAGUUGCCUACCAGCGCCAGAUGUCCGAGCCCUGCCUACAUUACCAUCCGCAGGACUUUAAACAGGAGUACCACGACCCAAUGUAUGAGCAGGCAAGCCAGCUGGGGGGCAGCAGUGACCACUCGUACCCAGGAGGAGUGGUGAUCAAGCAGGAGCAGACAGACUAUGCCUAUGACUCAGAUGUUCCUGGCUGUACUUCCAUAUACAUGAACGCUGAGGGGUAUCAAAGCCAUUCAAAUACCGAAGGGACAUUAGGCUAUGGCUACAACAAACAGAUGAGGCCAUUUGCUGAUGAUGUCUGUGUCGUCCCGGAGAAGUUUGAAGCAGGAGACAUCAAGCAGGAAGUGGGCGGGUACCGGGAAGGACCCCCAUACCAACGUCGAGGCUCUCUUCAGCUCUGGCAGUUCCUGGUGGCUUUGCUGGAUGAUCCCACUAAUUCCCACUUCAUCGCCUGGACCGGCAGAGGGAUGGAGUUCAAACUCAUUGAGCCUGAGGAGGUGGCCCGGCUGUGGGGUAUCCAAAAGAACCGGCCAGCCAUGAACUACGACAAGCUGAGCCGGUCCCUUCGCUAUUAUUAUGAGAAGGGCAUCAUGCAGAAGGUUGCUGGAGAGCGCUAUGUGUACAAGUUUGUGUGUGAGCCUGAAGCCCUUUUCUCCCUGGCCUUCCCUGACAAUCAGCGACCAACCCUGAAAGCAGAGUUUGACCGGCAGAUCAGUGAGGAAGACACUGUUCCUCUCUCCCACCUGGACGAGAACACGGCUUACAUCCAGGACCUUGGGAGCCUCCCUUCCCAGCCUUACAGCAAGGGUUACCCCUACUAAUUCCACCAGGAGCCCGCUGCACAGCCAUUGUGUUUGUAUCUAUGGAGACGUUUAUUAGUAAUCGAUCUGCAUAGAAGCUUUCCUGGGCCAGCUUGGGCUCCACUAGACUCUUUGAAUAGCUGCCUUUGAAACAGGCAGAGGUGAUGCAAGCCCAUCCUUGGACAGCUAGCCAGCAUCUGAGGCUUUGAAAGACAUUGGCUGCACCUCAUUCACCCAGGAUAUGGCCCCAGACUUGGUGCAAUGGAACUGGCUCUCUCACCAGUACAGAAACCUCUCAGUGCUGCCAGAGCAGAACAGCAACAGCAUCCAGAGCCAGUGCUGCCUCCAGUCAGUUAAAUGUGUGAUUGUGUCACAUCCCUGCAUCGAUUCUGUCCCUGGCUUUGACCUCCCGCUGAGCAGGGUAGGGAGGAAAUGGGACCCUGUUGAACUCUCUCCUCUGAUUUAAUGAUUCUAUGAAAGCUGUUAAUUCCCUCACUUCCCCAGACACACAUACUCCUACAAAGCAUCCCCCAGAGACCCAGCCCACCUACAAGCACUGUUAUUACCCCCACUACUUCUUACGUGCUGGGGACAGGCCUGUCCCCAGCAGGGCAGUAGGGAGCUGAAGGCUUCAGCUCACACUUGUUCCAUACAAACUGCAUGGCAGGAAUGUGGAACAUUUCUUCCCUUGGAUGCAUUUGCUCCUGUCUUGGUGCCUUCUUGCUCAGGAUGCUUCAUCUCUGGGCUGUUUAGUGUUUGAAGCCUGUUGUCAUACUGGCAACGACAGGAAGGGGACCAGCUGCCACCAGCCAAUGCUGGCGUGGUUCUAGUCUGCUUGACAGGAAAUGUCACUGAGGGUGAGCCAUGGAGCCACUGGACUCCACUGGCCUGGAGCAUGGCUCUGAGCCAGAGGAACCUUGCAGAUAACUGGGAAUCUGAGGAUAGAGAGCAAAGCCUGAGAUGGGGUCCGAGGAAAGGGAUGCUGGUGCCCAUGGGCUCCAAUGCCCAAGCCAGUGGCUGGGCUGCUGAUUGCUCCUGACUGAGCAGGGGCUACCUACAGCAGCCAGACUCUUCAAAACUGAAGAGCUUCCACCAAAAACAUCCUCAGCAAUUUUGAGAGACCCAUUAGCGUUAGUCAGACCUGCUGUCCCUGGGCAAGUGGGUAAACCCUGGAGGUUAGAAAAUAAUCUCAGCCUCUGGAUGUGAGGCAUUUGCUUUGCAAAAAAGCCACACUCUCCUUGUUCAUUUGUAUCUGGCCUUCCCAGAAGGGCACAUGCGAGGGGUAAGGGAGGAGUUCAUGAGAAGCUGUCAGGAGUCCCAACUAGUUAAUACAGCACGGGCUGCAUAACAAGAGAUUGUUAUGCAAUCUCUCACAGCCUUCUCACUGAGAGGGCCCCUCCCCUGCCCCCACUGUGCUAAGCAGCCCCACCCAAACACAACCACAGCAGGAUCAAAGGAGCAGCAGUGUCUGUGUAGUGGAGCUCAGCUCUCCUUGCGCCCUGCUGCUCCUCUGGCUGACUUUCAGGCUCCUGAGGGCAGAAAGGUGUUGGCUCAGCCUCAUGCGGCAGUUUGGAGGGAAAGUUUUUUAUAUUGCUUAAGAGGCUGAUUUCCCAGGAACUUCCUCUCUGUGCAGCUAGCAGGGAUCCUCGCUUCGGCCCCAGGUGCAAUGUCUGGAGGGGAAGCUCUCUGUGACCCACAGCAUGGUGGGCAUGUUCCAUUUACAAAGUGCUCAGCCUGCUCACUGCCCCCUUGUGAGAACCUCCCUCCUCCUCUACUGGCCCCACCCCUCCUCUGGCCCUCUGCAGCCUGCAGUCCUCGCCCUGCUCACUUCUCCUGUGGGAAACACACUUUCUCCAUUGCCCCACGAGUGAAGGAGAGGGGGAGCUCUUCCCAUCGGCAUCACUUAUUUUUAUUAUUUAUGAGUGUAAAAAAAUACUAUAAUCAAUAAAUUGGUCUAUAUCUUUG